CUGAUUGGCUGCAGCUUGGAGGAUCCUGAGCUGGGAGAGGGGCAGAAUCCCUGAGCCCACCACAAGCUGAGUGUCUGCUGUGUCUGUGUGCUGCUAUCUGUCUGCAGCCAACAUGACUGUCAAACACCUAGACCAGGGCCAGCACUACAGGCCCAGGAUGGCAUUCCUGAGAAAGAUCGAGGCGUUGUUGCUGGAGAUGCAGGACGCGGAGGCGGGAUUAAAGACUCACACCCAGCGCCUGAUGAUCACCACCAUCCCUCACGCAAUCACAGGUCACGACAUCCUGGAGUGGCUCAUUCAGAGGUUACAGAUCGGAGAUGAAGAUCGCUCUUUGAACUCUUCUCUGGGCAUUGGUGGUGAGAAUGUGGCGGUGAGGUGUAGGCCGGGGUGUCGGUUGGAGGCCGGGGUGUCGGGUGGAGGCCGGGGUGUCGGGUGGGUGGUGGCCGGGGUGACGGGUGGGUGGAGGCCGGGGUGUUGGAUGGAGGCCGGGGUGUCGGGUGGAGGUCGGGGUGUGCGUACAGCCUCUCAUGUCUCUUCUCUUUGUGUCUUACAGAAGAAGACGGUGGAUUUCUACAGGAGAGAAAUCAUGUUCUAUCAGCAAUCUCUAAUGAGAUCCACCGUGAAAUCCUCCGUGUCUGUCAAUGGGAUCCUGAAAUACUGCGAGCAAUACUUCACCCACGACCCCAUCAUGUCCGGCUGCCUCCCCAGCAACCCCUGGAUCACAGAUGACGCCCUUUUCUGGGAGCUGAAUGCCAAGCUGGCGGAGGUCCCCACCAAGCUGCGGGUGGAGCGAUGGACCUUCAAUUUCAGUGAACUGAUCAGAGACCCCAAAGGGCGGCAGAGCUUCCAGCAGUUCCUGAAGAAGGAGUUCAGCGGUGAGAAUAUGAGCUUCUGGGAGGCUUGUGAGGACCUGAAAUAUGGAGACCAGUCCAAGGUGAAGGAGAAGGCCGAGGAGAUCUACAAACUCUUCCUGGCGCCGGGCGCUCGGCGGUGGAUAAACAUUGACGGUAAAACGAUGGACAUCACGGUGAAGGGGCUGAAGCACCCCCAUCGCUAUGUGCUGGACGCCGCCCAGACCCACAUCUACAUGCUGAUGAAAAAGGAUUCUUACGCUCGCUACCUGAAAUCGCCCAUCUACAAGGAGAUGCUGAACAAGUCCAUAGAGCCCCUGGAGACCAAAAAGAGCAGUAACUUCCCGUUCAUGCGGCGACAUCGGCGCUCCAGCCCCAGCCCCGUGAUCCUGCGCCAGCUGGAGGAAGAGGCCAAAGCCAAAGAGGCGGCCAACACCGUGGACAUCACCCAGCUCUGCCAUUACACGGCUCCCAUCCCCCACCUGACCGUCUACACGGGUACCUGCGCUCCUCCAUCCCCCACCAGCCCCUUCCUGUCCUGCCGCCCUACAGUGGAGCUCUCCAGUCCCUCCCCCGCGCACAUUGCCCUGCCCAACUCUGCUGUCUGCCCCUCCCCCAUCAGCGUAGCUAUAGAGAGCACGCCGGGCAUGGAGAGGAAAUGGGAGGCCAACGGGGCCGGCGACUCGGACUACCAGUUUCCGUCUUCCACCGACAACACGGAGGCGUCGUUCGGGUCGGAGUCUGGGACGGGCGGGAACCACCAUCUCUCCGUCCCGGUGGAGAUCAAGGCCGUGCCGAAAUCCAAAGUCACCCUGUCCUUCAGCAAGCUCCUGAAGAGGGGGUGCUCCAGCUCGCCCGUCUUCGCCACCCUUUCCCCCAAGUGCCCGGCGGUGAAUCACGGCAAAGUGCAGCCGCUCAACGACCUGGAGCAGCAGCUGCAGCAGACGUCCAGGAAGGUGACCAACUUCUUCCAGAUAAAGGUGGACAUCCCGGCGGAGAGUCGGAUCUACCCCAUGGAAUCGGAGGAGGACGGUCAGCUGGCCUAUAAGGACUCGAUCCAGGAGGUGAUCUGCCCCUGGGAGCACAUCAUAGAAGAAGGUAAAGCUGGCUAGUGGCACGCUGCCUAUGGACGCCCGGAAAUGGGGCCCUUCUCAUAUACUGUGGCCAGGAGCCCCUCUGACUAAGUGCAUUAGGAUCCAACCGAGCAAUCGCCUUCACCAUUAACCAGAUCACUGCCAGCGGGGGGUGGGGGGGGCGGAUGACCGGACCCCCACAACCCUCCCCCCCUGCCUUCUCACAUAAGCACAGCACUAUUAGCCAAAAGCACCCAGAAUCCUUUGCAGCCAAGGGGCCCCUAGAACCUCAGGGGACCUCCCCGGCGGCGGCGAAGUGGUUCAGCAUACCUGUAGCCGGUACGUUGUGUUCACAAUAUCACAUUGGUGGCCUCGAGUCCUCUGUGUGACUGCAGACGAUCAUGGGGGACAGUGUGAUUUUACCCCCCACCCCCCCAUAUUCCAUCACCCUGCAAUAAGGGGCAUCGGACUGAAGGGGGCGCCACACAGAAAAACUAUGAACUCGUAUGGAAAUGGGGAUUUCAGUAGCAAUGUUAUGUCCUCACUUCUCUUCC